AUGUUCACAACAAAGUCGGUUCAGUCACUCAAGAAUCUGUUCGCAUCCUAUCACGAACCCCUACCCUUGUCUAAACAGCAAUCUCAAAAGCUUCUGGACGGUCUCAAGAGUUCCUUUCGAAAACAGCUCGAUCGUGAAUAUGGAGAGAGGCCCAAUAGUCUAUCACCGGCUGCUGCGAAACCUAGAAAUGUUGAUCCUGCCCGACUAUCAGCUACAAACCGGCAUUUGAAUGAUAUCCUGUCGAACCCGCUGUUCAGCUACAACAAAGAUGUCACAUCGACGUUCCCUUCAAGCCUAGCAUCGCCUUCUUUGGCUGCACCAACGCGUGAUCCUAUAGAGGUGUUUGACCAUGCUGUAGCUCGAGGAUUGAUGACACCCAAGGCCGCCAUCGGUGUGAUGGUUGCUAAAGCAAAGCAACUGCAGGCGAAUGAACCAGGUCUUGGGGGUCUAGCUACAUCGGGUAUGUCAGGUCGUAUUAUAAGAUGGCUACGAGCUUGUGGUGCUGAGCAGGAUCUACGAUUUAUGGACAAUUAUUCCUUUAUCAGAGCGUUGUCUCCGUUCCUGGUGGCAGAAGGCAUGGAAGAAAUUGCUUGGGAAUGGCUUGCGCGGACAAUCAACAACACCUCUGGAGACCUGUCGAAUGAAAAGCGUCUCAGGAGAGCAUCCAACUUACUCGGGGAACUCGUCAAGACAAAGUGUCAGCCUCAAUAUGGCAACCUUGACUCAGGCAUCUCUACUAUGUUGCAAGCACAGCAACUUUUCCGGACCAGCCCACUACUAUCGGAUCUUCUAGUCUCGUCAUGGAGGUCAGUCUCAUGGCUCUCGACCGUCGAAUCUUACAGUCGACCGGCUCCAUCUGAAGAGCUUUUUGAUGCUCAUAUUGCCACGGCCGAUCGUCUGCCACAACCUUUUCUCUUGGAACGUGCUCAUUUACACCUCUACCACCCCACACAUCCUGAUCACCUUCCUGCUCUAAAAUUCUUCAAAGACAAGCAAAGACUACGAAAGCUAGUUAAUACCGUUGAGCAGAAGUCGAAGCUAGGCCAGCUAAGCACUGUAUCAUGGCUCGCCUUCUUAGGCCACGACACAGUCACCCACUUGACUCAAUCUGGAAGAACACAAGAAGCGCAGGGAGUUACGGAGCUACUGCGAGCAGAAGCAGCUGGCCUUUUCAACCAUAAAUCCGAACCCGCUCUUGGGUUGUGA